GCCCCACUUCCCAAACCUCAAUUUUAGUCCUGUCCCCAAUUUCCACUAUAAAUCCUCCAAAAACACUUAUUUCACCUUCAUAAUCAAUCGUUGUUUUGAUAAUGGCGUUAAGAAAUUACUGUUUCAUCCUCCUUGUGGUGGUUUAUAUCGUGCUAUGCGGCUGCGGAACCGGUGGUUCGGCGGAAUCGUUGGCGGAAGAGUGUGCGUCGAAGCUACCGGAGGUGAUGAUGUGUGUACCGUUUGCGUCAGGCAAAGAGGCGACACCGCAGCAGAAAUGUUGUGAAUCGGUGACGGAUAUGAAAAAAAGCAAUCCGGCUUGUUUGUGUUUUAUGAUUCAACAGAUCCAUAACGGAACAAAUCCGGCGCUGCAGAAGAUGAAUAUUCAAGAGAGUCGGCUUCUUCAACUGCCUUCUGCUUGUAAAAUCGCGAAUGCAAGCGUCAGUGAUUGUCCAAAACUCUUAAAUUUGCCACCAAAUUCACCGGAUGCUGCAAUCUUCAAGAAUAAUGGUUCAACCACCAGUUCUCCGACAACAGGAGGAACGACGUCGUCUCCAUCUACAUCUGACUCAUAUGGAUUCAAGCAUGGUGAACCGACGUUUUUAACAUCUGCUAUGGUUUAUGUAUUGCUCUUUGUGGUUGUAUUUUCUAUAAGUGGUUUUGGUGCCUAGUUUCUAAUAGUCAUGAUUUUUAUACGUGGCAAGAUUUUGCUUUUGCAUACCAAUAACUUAUAUCUCCUUGAUGGUGCCUUGAAAUUGAUUUAGAGUUGCUUUCUUCUUGC